CUGGCAAAAGUAUACUCUCUCUCGCUGGACUCUUCUUCGCGGGUCUUCUCCUUCCUUUUCGUUUUCAGUGUUGCCUGUUUCCUGUUUUUGCGCUGUCAGCAUAGGACGCCUCCUGUUUCCCAGGAACUGCCUACGAGAGGAUAAUGGCGGAAUUCAACAGUGAUAACCAUGAUUACGUUGCUGAUGAGUGCUCUGACAUCACCGAUUUCGAUCACAACUCGUUCAGAAUCACCAAGCCCCAGAGGGAUCAUGAUUCCGAGGUCUCGGAUUCCGAUUUUGAGGAUGAUUCUGAAACGAGUAAGCCUAAGACUGAUACGUCGGCUUAUGAAGCAAGAAAUGGCAAAGACAUUCAGGGGGUUCCAUGGGAAAGGUUCAAGUACACGAGAGGCGAGUUCCGGGAAACCAGGUUGAAACAGUAUGAAAACUUUGAGAAUCUUUUGAUCUCUCGAGAAAAGGUUGAUAAGGAAUCUCUUCAAACCGAAAAAGGAAAGAACUUUUACGACUUCCAGUUCAACACAAGGCUUGUCAAAUCCACUAUUGUGCAUUUUCAGCUGAGAAACUUGGUAUGGGCAACUUCAAAACAUGAUGUAUACCUAACACAGAACUAUUCGGUCACGCACUGGUCAUCUCUACUCCGUCGAGGGAAAGAAGUGCUUAACGUUUCUAGACCAAUUACCCCCACUUUGAGACAUCCUGGAUUGUUGUCCCAACCACUCUCCAGAGUGCAAAUUAGCAGUAUGGCCGUCAAAGAAAACUUGAUCGUGUUAGGCGGGUUCGAUGGGGAGUUUAUCUGCAAGCAUGUGAAUCAGCCAGGGGUAGUGUUUUGUACAAGGCUUUCAACGUCAGAAAACGCCAUCACAAAUGCAGUUGACGUAUACCGAAGCCCCAGUGGCUCCCUGAAUCUAAUGGCUGCAAAUAAUGACUGCAAGAUUCGGGUAUUCGAUGCUCAGAACUGUGCACGUAUCAACGACUUCACCUUCCGUUGGUCUGUAAAUAAUAUCUCCACUAAUCCAGAUGAAAAGCUGCUCGCUGUUCUCGGGGACAGUCCCGAGUGCUUGAUCGUUGAUUCUCAGUCCGGAAAAGUGAGUGCUAGUCUCAGGGGCCACCAGGACUAUUCCUUCGCGUCGGCUUGGCACCCGAACGGGCUGGUCCUAGCCACGGGCAACCAAGACACAACAUGCCGGUUAUGGGACAUACGAAACCCGACUCAGUCAUUAGCUGUCCUAAAGGGAAACAUGGGAGCCAUUAGGGCUCUGCGGUUCAACUCGGAUGGCAGGUUCCUAGCCAUGGCCGAAGCCGCUGACUUUGUUCACAUCUUCGACACAGAAUCCGGGUUUCGGAACUGCCAAGAGAUCGACCUGUUCGGGGAAAUCGCUGGGAUCACGUUCAGCCCUGACACCGAGGCGCUCUAUGUCGGUGUUGCUGAUGUCACCUACGGCAGCUUGAUGGAGUACAGGAGGAAGCACCAUAAUCAGUAUCUGGAUUCUCUCUACUGAAAACAUAUAAGAGAGGUUUAUGUUUUUCACAUAGAUCAAGGUUUCAUAACUAAUGGGGCUUCCAAAAUGUGGUGAUAAUUUCGGGUUUGCCCUUUUGGUUAUAGGAUUUGGGUAUAUAUAUAUAUAUUGAAGAUUGUGUGUACCAUGAGAGAUAUUGAAGGGUUCAUAGUUAUUGAUGCUUUUAUCCUUAUAAUUAUUAAA